GUUUUUUCACUCAGGAACUCUGUGCUUCCAGCAGUUAGCUGUCAACAGGCUGAGCAUGAAAUGAGGCUCAGACAACGACGCAGUACUUGGAAGUGAUAACAAUACAACGUUUUGUUACUGUCCGGUAAACUGUUCAUAUUCAUUCAGUGGAUUUUGUAAUCCUGCUCGCUCGAGAGAUGAUGAACUCGGGACACGCAGGUCAUUGAACACUAUGGACAUGUGAGAGUCGACUCUACAUGAAUGCAGACGCCGAGACAAUGCUGGAUUGAAUGGCACUGAGGAUACGAGACUGUGACCCAGCAGGAGCACUGCGAUGGCCAGCUGCCACAGUAGCCAUGCAGACAACGCCAAAGCUCCUCCUCCCUCAGCCUCACGGCCGCCACCUGUGCCCAAGCUCCACGUCCAGGGCUCACUGUCCCGGAAGUCCAUCACCAUCCACUUCUCGCCCCUGGGCGAGGAAGAGGAGCUCUAUGGGGCAGUUGCGUCCUCUCCUCAUCCCCCUGCUGCACCCAAGGAGGACCCAGGCAUUGUGAAGGCCCUGGAGGCCAGCGAGGAUCUGAUCCUUGAAGGAGCCGGGUUGAACUCUGAGGCUCAGGCUGCAGUUCUGCCUAUGUCAUCCUCAACUGCUCCUCAAAGCUCCAUUACCUCCACAUUACCCUCUGAACCGAAUAGCUCCUCUCCUUCCCCUGACUCCAACUGUAAAUCCACUUCCUCUCCCUCCAAGUCUAGCGGCAAACUUUUCUUCAGCCUGGUCAAGUCUCUAUCCUCUGACAUCGUCGAGCCUUCUGAGAUUGUCUCCAUCCCCCCCGCUGCCCCCACUUCCGUGCGCCACCGCCACCCGAUGAAAACCCUGGUCAAGUCACUCUCCUCUGACACCUCCCAGGAAUCCUCCUCCUCCUCCUCGCCCUACCGCCUCUCGGACUCCCGCCUCCACCUGCAACUCUUCAAGCAGUUCACCCAAUCCCGUGCCCCGGUGGGUGUUGUUGCCGGGGGUGACUCCAAGACUGCACCCUCCUCGACGCUCACCUCCCCAGACAGCCGCAACUUCUUUAAGGCGUCUGUGGAGGCGAGCAUCGAGGACACUAAGCGCCGUUUCUCAGAGGCCAUCUACGAGCCUCUCCAGAUGUUAAAUAAGAUCAUGGAGGACAAGAGCGGAGGCAUUGGCAGCAGUGCCUUCCGGUCCAAAGCGCUCUCGUCCAGUGCUUCGGAGCUCACCUGCCUGGCCUCCCUCAACAACGGCCAACCGGAGAGCAACAACAACUACAGCAUCAAGGAGGAGGAAACCGGGGAUGACUGGGAGUCUGAGGGAACCGGAAACGGAGCCAGCUUGCCAAAUCCCACCGCUGACACCAGUCACACCAGAAGUCCGAAGAUGUCCUCCUCCGUUUCCGCCUCUCUCGGCCUGGACAAGUGCUCCAUGUCGGCCCUGGCCAAGCUGGAGGAUGAGGACUUCUGUGUCCUGUCUAGUGAGGACUUUGAGGAUACCGACGGGGAUUAUGUUGACAGAACGAACAAUACAUGCAGCCAAGUGAGACUCCCCCCUAGUGGCAGUCCGGAACUAUGCAGUGACGACAAGUCAGAGGGAGAAGAUCCACCACCCAGCAUUCCACACUACACCCUGAUCAUCAUCACAGCGCUGGUCUACGGGUACUUUGUGUUGCCCCUGCCCACCUACGUUGGGGGUAUGCUGCUCGGAGUGGGACUAGGGUUCAUGCUAGCUAUCGCUGUGGUGUGGUUGGCCGGACCCAAGCCUUCUGGCAAUCGCUCCAGACAUCCCAGACACCAGGGGAGGCUGUGGAACAUGGCCCAGAUGGGCAUCAAAGAGCCAAACAUCUUCAAGGGCUGGAUGAACGAGAUAGUGAACUACGACCCAGAGACAUACCAUGCCACUCUGACCCACUCUGUGUAUGUGAGACUGGAGGGCUCAAUCCUGCGCCUGUCCAAACCCAACCACAACAUCGCCCGGCGGGCCACACAUAACGAAUCCAAGCCCGACGUCAGCUACAUCAGCCAGAAGAUCUACGACCUCACUGACAGCAAGAUCUUUUUGGUGCCCCAGAAUCUGGCCAGGAAGCGCGUGUGGAACAAGAAGUACCCUAUCUGCAUCGAGCUGGCCAAGCAGGACGACUUCAUGUCCAAGGCAGAGGGCGACCGCAGCGAAACCACACACGAGAGAACCACGACCACAGGAGAGGCCACCGCGGGGAUGGAGGAGGCCAAAAGGUCCUGUGGUCCAGAGCUGACCCUGUACCUGUUUGGUCGGACAGGGAGGGAGAAGGAGGAGUGGCACCGGAGGAUCCUGCUGGCCUCCAAGCCCCCCAAGACGGGGAUGAAGAGAGCCACCAGUCUGCAAGGGAUUAAGACCGGUCAGUGGAUUGAUCUAGCCUUGAACUCUCACAGCCGCAGCAGCAGCCGCAGCAGUCUGGACGAGGUGCUAGCGUCUCAGCCAAGGACCAAGGACUCAACAGCAGGCAUAACAGCCAAGACCAAGUCCCUACUGGACUACAGUGUAUACAUGGCCACCCUGGUGCCCCCCGAGACUGGCACUGCCACUGCCACCCCCGUCGCUGCCACUAGUCCCGUAGUCCAGAGUCCACAGAGUAGCCCUGGGUUGGGCAAGAAGUUGCUGAGCAGCAGCAGCUUUGGCCCUGUCUUGGUGCUGGGGGAGGAGGAGCCUGUUGCCUGGGUGAACUCUCUGAUUGGCCGAGUGGCAUGGGACUUCCUGGGCGAGCCCUACUGGGCCGACGUGGUCUCGAAGAAGAUCCAGAUGAAACUCAGCAAGAUCCGGCUCCCCUACUUCAUGAACGAACUGACCCUGACAGAGCUGGACAUGGGCGUGGCCACUCCCAGAAUCCUUGGCGCCUCCAAACCCUCAGUGGACCAUCAAGGUCUGUGGUUUGACUUGGAGAUUUCGUACAGCGGCUCCUUCCUGAUGACCCUGGAGACUAAGAUGAACCUGAUCAGACUGGGGAAGGACGGAGAUGGUGUGCGCAUCAGAGACAUCAGCAAGGAUGGGUACAGACCACGGACGUACUGCCUGGCGGACAGUGAUGAGGAAUCAUCCAGUGCAGGGUCCUCCGACGAAGAGGAUAGUUCAGAGGUCACCAAUGAUGUCCCUGGAGCAGAGGGAUACAUGGGGGGCCGCCAGCCCAGUAAGAUCAUGCGCUUCGUGGACAAGAUCGCCAAGUCCAAGUACUUCCAGAAGGCCACCGAGACGGAGUUCAUCAAGAAGAAGAUGGAGGAGGUGUCCAACACGCCCCUGCUGCUCACCGUGGAAGUACAGGCGCUCCGAGGAACGCUGGCCGUUAACAUCCCACCCCCGCCCACUGACAGGAUAUGGUAUGGCUUCAGGAGUCCACCCCACCUGGAGUUAAAGGCUCGGCCCAAACUGGGAGAGCGAGAGGUCACACUGGCCCACGUCACCGACUGGAUCGAGAAGAAACUGGACCAGGAGUUUCAGAAAAUCUUUGUCAUGCCAAACAUGGACGACUUGUGGCUGACCAUCAUGCACUCUGCCAUGGACCCCCGCUCUUUUGGAACGCCCUCCACCUCCACAGCCGAUACGACCCAGGGGGAAACAGAGCCCUCCGUAACAGAGGAGGGCGCCACUAACGGCAUAUGAAGGAUUGUUUACAGUAUUUGCCUGAAACGUGUGAAUUAGAAUGGGAGCCAAGGGGCCUUGUAGUAGUAUAAGGCUUGUCGGUGUAUAAGGACAUACAAAAAGACAUCCGUUACCACAGACAUUCCAAUAGCUCCAUACCCAAGGGUCUUUUUUUUGUCACUGGCAGAACAGGAUGACCUCAUCAGAUGAACUUUGACCCUUUAACAAGCUCACUGACGGAACAAGACAGAGGUCAGUCAACCAACCAGGAAGGACAAACACUAAAAAUAAAAACUGUCACUGCUGUUUUUUUUUUGUUGUUGUUUUUUAAAUCUGUGUAGGAUGAACAGACUUAGAAAAUUACAUUUUUUUAAAUAAUGUCACAUGUAACAGUGAUACAACCUUUGACAGGGGCAGGUUAGAGGCUAGUGGUAUAGGUGGAACGGAGUGGAGAGUUUCUGUGGGUUAUAAGGUUACUCAGUGUCCUAUGAACACAUGGUUAUUUUGCAUUCACCGUUCACCUUACGUCCUAGAUAGGAAACAACUUUUGUUUGGGGACCCGAAUCAAGAGAAUAGCGUGAAAAGAAAUAGUUGAAUGAGACAUGUAACCGCUAGAUUCUACUUUUGUUAUUGUACAGGUGUGUCUGCAUUUGAGUGAGCAUUUGUGUGUGUGAAGCCUGACACUAAAAGCAGGAGUGGAUACUUUUGACAAUGUCACAUGUAUUAUUUGCCAUAUGAUUUGAGGCAUCAAUGCUACCCUAUGCUUUGUGUCCUAAUGUUCAUGGUCUGUGUCCAGGUGAACACUAACAGUUUGUACACUUGCUGUGACCCCACAUAUCUUACUGCUCGGGGUAGAAGUUCCCCUUUACUCCAGGUCUAGAAUCAGAUUACUCCACCCCAAAUUAUAACUGUUUUGGGGAUGAGAAUAUGUCUGACCCUACUGUAUAUCAGUGGCAAGGGGGAAAGUUCUACCUAUUCCCCUCUUUAACUGUACACCACACCUCUUUAUAUGCAAAUGAUCACUGUGUCCAUAUCUAUAUGGAAGCAGCUAUAUGAAGCCCCUCCCCUCGUUUGUCUCUGGAAGCCAAUGCUAUAGGGUUAGCCGUCAUUACCUAGGCAACACGUGUCUUUAAUUCACUAAUGCCUAUGCAAAUUCCUUGCUAACUAUGGACAUGAGGUGAGCAAUGAGAAAGUAGUGUUUAUAUAAUCUUGUGAAGAUAUAUCUCAUAGAAAUGUAUUUCUGAAGAGGUGUACAUAAGGGGCCUAACACUUCUGUUGAAUGUAUGUAUGGCUAUAUUGACAGAUUGUUGGACUGUUUUAUUGUUUGUUGUAUGGAGACUAUUCCUAACCAAUCACAUGGAUUAUUUUGAUUGGGGUACGCCAAGUAUUGCACAACUUAAACAGAAGUUUUGAUUAAUUUUUUCCUUGUAAACACUAAUGCAAUUGUAUCUACAGACAUGUAUUGCAUCUUUGCAGUGCUAUUGUGUUAUACUCUCUCUAGCAUGUACAAUACCCAUGGCACGUUGAGACCAUUCCUGUGGUGCUCGGCACCACAUAGGUUUUCAUUUACUCUUUCAAAUGAUGUAGGAAGUGUUGUGUUUUUUUUUAAAUGUUUUUUUGUUUGUUGUGUAUUUUCAAAUGGCCAUCAUCAACAGUUGCCAAUGCUUGGAAAUGAGCCACCUUGCCAGAUGUGCUCCAUGACACUUGGUAGAGUUAAACUAAAUGAUGUAGUGUACCCUUUGCCAAAACUAUCAUUAAUACUGGGAAAAUAAACUGUUAACUCCAAAAAUCAUUUAAAUCUCAAAAAUCAUCACUAUUGAAGUCUGAAUCAUUUUCUAUACUGUACCGUUAUGUUUUCUUAAUUUUGCAGUUAAGUUUUAAAUGCACAGUAUUGGAUUUGUUUACAUGAAUUCCUAUUUGUUUUCAUUCCUUUUAUUUGUCAGGACACUAAAGCACUGUUGUAGAAUGUCAUUGAUGAAGGAAUAUCUCGUUUUCACUUUCCUUUAACAGUACUUCUAAUUCGUUUCUUCAUUUUCAUUUUAUUGAUUAUUUGGUUGGUAAUAUUAUUAUUAUUGGAACCCUUGAUAAAGAUGAGCCAAAAAGACUAUCAAAUAAAUUAUACAAAUACUGCACUAUAUUGCAUGCAUUUCUUUGUUUGUUGAAAUUGUGAUUUAUUGUAUAUUAACACAAUUGCUCAGAGAAAGAGAUUUAGUUUAAAAAGUAUUAAAUCGAUUAUCAAAACAGUAGGCGUCAAAGUAAUUGGCACCCCUGUUUUCAGUACCCCAGCACCGUACCUUUGUGAGGAUAAUGACACUGAGCCUUUAAAGAACAUUUUUAAAAGAUUGGAGAACACAGUGGGAGGGAUCUGGGGAGCGUGCUAAAAGUAUUGAAAACAGGGGUGGCAAUAAUUUUGACCCCUCAUUUAAAAAAUGAGCAAUUGUAUUCUCUGAGCAAUUGUAUUAGUAUAAAAUAAUUACAUUUUCAAAUGUUUUGGCGUAUACAAUAUAGCUCAGUAUUUGUGUUAUUUAUUUUAUACAGUCUCUUUGCUCAUAUUUAUCAAGGGUGCCAAUAAUUAUGGACCUGAAUGUAGGCAUAGUACCAGUUGGAAUUAGAACAUUUUGUAAAGCUUUGUCUGCUUUUCUGAAAGACAAUGUACAAUGACAGAAUGAUAUGAAUAUCACAUCAGAUUUAUAGGAUAAGAGUUGAUGAUUCUGCAAAUGGAUGGAUUAUUUAGAUUUUUAAGGACAAAUUUGUUGAGCCUCCUCCAUGUCUCCUGCUUGGCUGGAACUUGUCUCUUAGUUGGGAGAGACAAAGUUUCCCUAAAGAAGUUCUCUAAAAUGAUGCCUUUUUAUUUUUACAAAAUAAUGUUAUUUGUUGAUUUAGCAGGCUUUGUUAUUUUCUGUUAUCGAUUUUGUACGACUAUGAAUUGCAAUGGUAUUGUGGUACAAAUUAUUAAAAAAUAUCAGCUGGCUUUGUAA